AUGCUCUCCAGCUGUCAGCGCCUCAACAAAGAAUGUCGCCCCUCCGCGUUCCAGCGCCGGCAGAAUCUCCGCAAGUCCACCGCCACGAAGAGCGGCCGCCUGGAAAAGAAGCUGGAUGAUGUGGUCGCGCUGCUUCGUGCCCGGGCCGCGCAUGCGUCGGGUAGCGGUGCGGCCGCAGACGAAUACGCCGACUUGAUCGAGGAGCAGUUGAACGCAACGACGCCGGCAAGGCCCCGACCACGGACACGGACUCCGCGCAAUGUCGCGCGGAGGAGAUCCGAAGUUGAAUCCCAAUAUGCCAGCAAUGCGCGGGCCCGGUUGCAGUCCACCGAGCCGAUCGAGCAGACAUCGAGUGGUGGUCUCGGCUCAGCGGCUCCCUCGCCAGAAGACGCUGCCCUCGAGCUUCCGCCGUGGCAAGCCGAAGAGUGUUUGACGGCGUUUCUCACGCAGAAACUGCCGUAUCUCCCAUUCAUCCACUUCCCGUCGGGGACCACGGCACGGCGUCUGCAGCGCGAGCGGCCGUUCACGUGGCUAUGCGUGAUGGCGGUUGCUGCGAAGAGCGCGAAGCAGCGCAGUGCGCUCUGCGACAGGGUCAAAGAGAUUGUCGCGCGGAAAGCGGUCCUCGACUACGGGGGUCGCGAUCUCGAUCUCCUCCUGGGCAUACUGAUCUUCAUCGCUUGGUACCAAGUCUUCCGCAAGCUCAACCUGAUCAUGUUCAGCCAGCUGGCCAUUGCGGUGGUGUGUGAUCUCUCGCUGGACAAGCCCUCCUCGCUGGAGAACUCUCUCCUGCUGUGUCUGCAUUCUUCAGUGGACGACGACCCUCCCCCGCUGCCCGUCCGGUCCAAAGAGGAGCGUCGAGCCGUGCUAGGUUGCUAUCUUCUUACCUCGAGCAUCGCCCUCUUCUUCAAGAAAGCCUCAUCCCUCCGCUGGACCCCCUACCUCGAAGAAUGCCUCGAAACCCUAACCCAGCACCCCGACACCCCCAACGACGAAGUCCUGAUCCACCAAGUCCGCUACCAACACGUC